UACUUAUGCCUGACAGUUUCAGGAUUGUAUGAAGAGUGGCAAGCAAAAGCAAACAGUUUAUUGGUAGUAUUCUUCAUUUGUUUGUCUGUUUGUUUUCUGCGCUGAAGAAAACUUUAACUUAGUUAAAUGUGUCCAUCAUUUUUACAUUCUUCCUUGAGAUAUGGAGAUAUACCAUUGCAUCGUUUUUCUCUGUUGGUUAAAUAUAAUUGAAAUUUCAUGUCGAGAUAUUUACAUUUCACCCUUUGGUCACAACAAUGAAACCUGUGGCGGUAACAAUUCGAUGUGUUUAAGUCUCGAUUAUGCUUUGGAGCAAUUCUCAAAUUCCAUUAAUGUGUACCUACUCGAUGGUGGUGAUGAUGAAGAGCCCUAUGCUUACUCCUUCAAACAGCCUAUUCCGAUUAACAACUCCACAACGAUAAAAGCGAUGCCGUAUAAAAGACAUUACCCAAAAGUGUCGCAAAUAGACAAUCCUUGGGUAUAUGUUUUUGAAGUAAGAUCAACUUGUGAUAAACUUGCACUGCGUCAAAUUCAGUUUACAGAUUCUUUUAUCGUCCUAAUUGACAGGGGCGAGUUGAUAAUUGAGGACUGCAAGAUAAAUUUUACUUUGCAUGCACCUGAAUCAAGCUUGAUUUCUUUAUGGCAAGACAUAAGGACAGUUGUGUUGAAUGUGCAUAUAAAUAACUGCCACAUCAACAACGCAUACAGUAUACUGGAUGUGUCUACAUUCUUUCAGCACAACAUAACAUUAAAUGUAUCAAAUUCAACGUUAAUAUCCAGCCGAAUCUCAAUUGAGUUAUCCAAAAAUCAAGGUUGCAAUAGCAACGUGAAUAUAAAGAUAACAAAUAACAGCACCAUAUCUGAACCAAAAGUUUCACGCUUUAUGUGCAUUUCAGAUGGAAGACGUGGUAAUCUUAUACGCUUGGUUAACAGGGAAUGCCCUGGUAACGCAACUGGCAAAAGUGUUAUUCAGAUAUCUGACACAGAGAUUGUUGAAACAACUAACAUGGUAAUGUAUGUACACGGAAACGUAAGCGUAAAUAUAGAGUAUGCCCGAUUUCGAAACAAUAAAUGUGGUGGGAUUUUUUUAGAAAACAUUGAAGCAGGAAGUAUUAGUCAUUCGGAAUUUCUUUUAAAUACAAAAACAGAUUAUCGCAGUGAUCUUGGAGCAAUAAACUGCGCGUCGUGCAAAGCGUUGAAUGUGUCUGACACGAAGUGUACCAGCAACGGAGAAGGUGAAGGAAGUUGCCUUUAUAUAAAAGGUGAAGACGAAAAAGUGGACAUAACAUUACAGAAUGUGGCAUUAAAAGGUCCAGGUACUUUAAUGUAUUCAUAUAACAGAAAGACGAUCUUCCAUUUUGAUAAUGUUAACGUGUCUUGUACAUCUGUGGAAAACUCAAAAGUCCUAAUCUUGGCUUAUACCAGCCUUUUCAUGCCUUUGUUUCGACUGACGUGCUCUGUAAACCAUGAUAUACAAUAUGACCAAAGCAAUGUGAAAUAUUACUCGUUUUGGUAUUGCAACGCAUGCGAAAGAGAUACAUAUAGUACGGACAGUGGUUAUAUAUUUGUAGAGAAUACAAAUACUAGCACUUAUCAUGUGAACUGUAAAGAAUGCCCUUUAGGGUUAAAUUGCCAAUACGGCGCUACAGCGAAGCCAAAUUUUUGGUGUUUCAAGGAAAGUGGAACUAUAUCAUGUAUACCAUGUCCGCCGGGAUAUUGUUGUCCUGACACAAAGGUUUCGUGUAAUUCUUUACGCUCUUGUAAUCAGCAUCGGAAAGGAUUCAUAUGUGGUAGCUGUGUAAAGGAGUAUCAAAUAGACUUUUUUUCCAACGACUGCAUCCUGUCACAAUCCUGCAAGACACCGGCGAUCUUUUGGAGCGGACUUUGUAUUGCAGCAUUUCUUUAUAUUGCACUUGUGGCAUAUCUAAAGGAUAUUUUCAAUAAGGUGAAACAUGUUUUAAGUAAAUGUCUUAGCUUUGAAAGUUACCCAGAUAUUGUAUUGUCAAAUCAUGAUGAUGAUGUUUUUGUGCAAUGCCGUCAUGUUUUAUAUCGUGAUGACAGCACCGGAAGAUUUUUUGGCGUUUAUAAAAUAUGUGUAUCCUUUUAUCAAUUGGGUGCACUGCUACGAGUAAAAACCAUCCACCGAAACGACAUGCUCACCAUUCACACUUUUUUGCUGACGUUGUUCAAUUUAAAAAUUGAGCAAAUUGUCGAAUCAUUCAAACGAUUCUGUCCAAUCCCGAAUUUGGAUACAGUGGGGAAAAUGCUUAUUCGUAACAUAUGUUUCCCCUUUUUGAUGUUCAUAAUGCUCGGAAUAAUUUUAAUAAUCUUAUUACCACGCAAGAAUGAGUAUGAAGAGAUAGCGGAAAACCGCAUAGAAUACAUUGACAGUAAGAUUCCUGAACUGGAAAGUGUACCGUCUGUACUAAGAGUAAAAUAUUGCGUUCUGCAAGUUCUUCUUCUUUCAUUUACCAACAUUGCAGCAUUUUUAAUGAAUAUGUUGAAAUGUGAGUAUAUUGGACAGGGAAGAAGUGUUUUGUAUGUCCAAGGAACAACAGAAUGCUACACACGCGGUUGGUUUAUAGCUCUCGUUUUCCUCACUAUAUGGGUGUUACCAUUUGGUUUGGCCAUAUAUGGUGCAGUGAUAUUAUUUAAAGAGUGUUAUAUCACCUUAAAUGAAUUUAUAUGUUGCUUUUUUUUUCCGCCGUUAAUGUUUAUUUAUUAUACUAUGAGAAAGUUAAUCAAAAAGGAGAAGAUUGCUGUAACCGAGACAGAAGCCAUGUUGUCAAAAUACAUUUUGUCCGUGUUUGAAUCACCUUUUCGUAAAAUUGAAAGCAAAAAUCGGCAUGUCAUAUGGGAUCCAAUGAUCAUUUAUCAAAGAUUGGUUAUUAUAAGUUGCACCAUCUUCUUUGUCAAUGCCAUUGAGCGUCUAAGUUACAUUCUCGGUCCGAUGCUUAUCUUUUUGGUCGAUCAUUUAAGACAGCGACCGUACAAAGAUAAUGUAAUGCACUGGAUGCAAACAGUUUCCUAUGUUUGUUUGUGCUUUCUUGUUGGAGUCAACAGUUUUUGGGCAUUUCUCUAUAUAUCAUCGGUGCCAUAUAAAUCAUCAAUCCGCACGGUAGGAGUUGCAUUCAGUAUUGCAGAGAGUAUUUUAUUUACGUUGCCAUUGAUCUUACCAUUGCUCUUCUUAGCGUGGAAACUGAUUAAACUGUUAAAAGAAAAGAUUUUUAAUAAGCGUAACGAAACAAACAUGCAUUAGGAAUGAAAAUUAUUUCGGUAUGAAUAACACAGGCAACACUUUUUGCGGAAUGUAAUGAUAUGUCCAGUGAAAUAAAUGUCGGGUAAUCCUUCGAGUGUACUAUUAGAAAACAUCACCAGAAAGGAAAAAAACAAAAUUAAAACUGUUGCAAAUUUUAAUAUUUUCAAAGCCUUGUUGUUUUAGAUAUGCAAUCAAAACAUAUGCUAGAUAAAAAAAUGAUUUAUUUUAAGGGUAUUCAAUCAUUAUAUCCGAAACCUCUUUCAUUACUUGGAAAUUUUGUUGAAAAUAAUUUUAUUUGGCUUUUUAGUAGGUGCUACAGCGAUGUCGCAAAAAAUUUUAAAGAGGGAGAUGACUUUUAUUUUUAGCUGUAAAUAUAUAUUACUUUUUACAGCUGUAAAUAUAUAACCUUUUAUCAUUCUUGUUCACAUUUACAUAAAAUAGGAAAAAUAUUAAAAUCAUUUUACGUGAUUAGGCCUGCCAUAUAUUUUAUAUGAUUUGCACUUUUUAAUUAAUUAAUUAAUUAAUACUUUUUUAUUAAUUUCUUUGUAAAUAUUAGCAUUUCGUAUUCUUUGUUUUUUCUCGAACUAUAUUUUAAUUACAGUG